AUGUCAUUUUCGGUAUCGAUCCCCGUUCUGAGGUGGGCGACCUCUCUUCCAACUUCUCCAUGCACGACGGUCACGCGUUUCCAGCAGUUCCAGGCUGAUGCUUCAGGUGCCACUCGCUCUUCCGUCCCUGCGGCUCUGGCUGCUGCCGCCCUGCCAGCCAUGGUGCGCCUGUUGCGGCGACGCAAGGCAACGCUACGGCGGAUUACCAGGUGUGAUGAUCAAGAUCCCCUCAGUGGAGUGCCGGAGUCAGCUUGGCCUUUGCUACAGCGCGCUGAAGAGGCGCAUCCGUCCUUCGGUUGGCAGCAGAUCGCGCAAGGAAUUCAGGGUUGGCGUAAGGCGUUGGAGAAUGGACACGUCUGGGAGGAGGCCACUUGGCCGGAGGAGAGCUUGUGUCAACUGUGGGCGUCUACUCUGGUGGAGUUGGAACUCCCUCGCUUCACCCGCAGGAGCUGA